AUGGCCAAUUCUCCUCAUGGUGGUGUUCUUAAAGAUUUACAUCUUCGAGAUGCUUACAAACAUGAUGAAUUACUUCUUGAAUCCGAAAAUUUACCUUCCAUCGUGUUGACAGACCGUCAACUAUGUGAUUUGGAACUUAUCAUGAAUGGAGG